GGCUGAGCCCCAUGGUGGGGCUCGCCUUACUCCCUCGUCUCGCUGGUCGAGGGUGGGGCUUUUAUCUAUAGAGUUUUAUUUUUUUUUCAGUUUACAUUUUAUUUUGCUUAUAGGAGAAACAUAUCUCCUCCUUUAAAGGAGGGAAAAGUUAUAAAACUGAUUUUGUGUGAGUAAACAGUCUCAGGUUUGCCUGCUCCUGUCUAGCAAGACUUCUUUACCCAGAUGCCGAGCUUUGCAACAAGCCCUCGAGAAAAACCUCUUCUCAGUCUCUGGACUUGGGAUUUGGGGGGCCUGGGAGAACUUCCUGGACCGUUUCACACCAGUGAGUGUUGAAGGCAAGAUUCCGGAAAAAGCAACAAAAAAGCCUUUCAGUGGAGUCACCGGCUUAAAGACUGAAGAUUUUUUUUUCCCAAGAUGACCAAAGUACCAGCCACCAAAAAAUUACAAAGAAUCCCCAGCAAGAAAGCCCUAUGGCUCUUUUCCGGCUCAGAUCAACUGACCCAGUCCUCAGACAAGACAACGAAGAACACCAAGUUUGUAGACAAGGAAAUAGUAAACCUUAAAAAGGACCUCAUCCGAAGCCGCUUCCUGAUCCAGUGUGUGAAGAUAGGCCGCGGCUACUUCACCAUGCUGCGAGAGGAAAACGCCAUGAAAAAGCAGCAGCAGCUACUCCAGAAGCUGCAGGAGGAAGAGUUAAACAAGUUCCAGCCAGCCAAGAAGUUCUCGGAUAUCCACUGCAGGGACACCUUGAUGACUACCUACGACUACGACAAGAUAAAGAAGCUGGAGGCCGGUGUCAUCAUCCGCCCGUUCACGCCCAUCCACAGCUGUAUCAUGGCGCCCUCCCUGCCCGAGUCUCACGUGGAUCCCCUCUACCGCCAGCUGUGUGCUCUCCACUGGCUUCUAGAGGCCCUGACCAUCGACCACACCCACCACACCAUGAGACCCUUGAUUGCCUGUUGGAACCCCAAGGACCCGGGCGGCAGCAAGAGCACAAUAAAGAAGAUUAACAAGGACAAGUCCAUGGGGCAGAGGUGGGAUCACUUCGUCACGGCACCCAAGACCAAGAAAUUCAAAGCCCCCGCCAUCCGCACUGCCAGCCGCAAGCCCAGCAAGCGAGGCUCCACCCUCAGCCUGACUCGGACCAGCGGGGGCUCUUCUCCCCAGAGCAGCAUGAUGUCGGUGAACCCCAGCUCUGAUGAGCCCACGGGCAGCAAAGACAUCGAAGACAACGAGUCAUCCUCUACUAAGCCAGAAGAGGAAAUCCUCCACUUCAACUUGCAGAAGCUGCUGGAGAUGGUCCAGGAAGACGCCCGAAGAACCAUGUUGGUGGAGAACGAGAUACAGAGGAAAGCCCCCAGCAUCCUGUCUUUAGUCAAGCAAAUCAAGAGUGAGUACGGGUGGAAGGAAUGGCAGACUACACACAAGUCCAGCGAGCGAUCCAGCACUACGAGUGGAGAAAGCCACAUCCAGGUGACCCAGAAGAAGUCAAAGAGCCGAGCUAACCGUGACAUCAUCUACUGCAAGACCGGGGUGUGUAACACCAUGCGGGCCAAGUUCUACAGCGUAGCCCAGGAGGCUGGCUUCUGCCUACAAGACAAGAUGGAAAUCCUCAGGAAGCGCCAGGAGGAACGAGGCCUCCAGAAGUUCCACUCCUUUAUUGUCACCUCGAACUUCCAAAAGGACAUAUCAAAGAUGAGGCACCAGGUCUCGGUAGUGAAGGGAGAUUCGGAGGAGAUUGCCAACCACUGGUACUUUGAUCUGUUGUCCAAACUCCCUGAGGACCUGAAGAACUUCCGGCCUGCCAAAAAGAUCCUGACGAAGCUGCAGAAGUUUGGCGAGAACCUGGACCUGAGGAUCCGGCCCCACGUCCUCCUGAAGGUGCUCCAGGACCUGCGGAUCUGGGAGCUGUGCUCCCCGGACAUCGCGGUGGCCAUUGAGUUUGUGAGAGAACACAUCAUCCAUAUGCCGCAGGAGGACUACAUCAACUGGCUACAGAGCCAGGUCAAUAUGCCCAUCCGGCAGCGUACUAUCCUGACGUAGAGGGGGCCGGUCCCCGUGGAGGAAAGCAGGACAGCACUAUGUCCCUAAGCCCAGCCUGUGCCGUCACCGCCUCUCCUCUCUCAUGGACACACGGCAUGGAGCACUGAGAUCAGUGAGAUCAGCUGAAGACCCUUCUAACAGUUCGGUUGUCUGAGAGGAUGGUCCCAGGCGGCCCUCCCCUCUCCCAC